AUGAUGAAAGUGUUCGAUGCACACUGUCAUCUUCAGGAUCCAAGAAUCUUAAGCAAGACACCACAACUGAUAAAAGCAGCACAAGACAGCGGCGUCGUCAAUUUCGCCGUUAACGGAGUUUGCGAACAGGAUUGGCUUUCCGUCAAGCAAUUGUCCAUCACUCAUCCUUCUGUUCUUCCUUCCUUUGGCCUUCAUCCCUGGUAUGUUGCAGAGAGGAGCCCCAAUUGGUUUAAGAAGUUGAAAGAAUAUUUUGAUUCUACACCCUCUGCUGCAGUUGGAGAGAUUGGUUUAGACAAAGGAUCACACGGCAAGAAGAUUGAUUUUUCUGAGCAGGUUGAAGUAUUAAGGCAGCAGCUUGAACUUGCUAAAGAGUUAAACAAGCCAGCAUCUGUACACUGUGUUCGCGCUUACGGUGACCUUCUUGAGUUAAUGAAGUCUAUGGGACCUUUUCCCGCCGGUGUCAUCCUUCAUUCUUACCUAGGUUCUGCUGAGAUGGUUCCUGAAUUUUCAAAGCUUGGUGCUUAUUUUUCCUUCUCCGGGUUUCUUAUGUCGCUAAAACCUAAUAAAGCAAAGAAAAUGCUGAAGAUGGUCUCUUCUGAUAGGAUCUUGUUGGAGACAGAUGCACCUGACGCGCUACCAAAGUCGAACAUAAAUUCUCUUUUCUUUGUUGAAGGAGAUACUUCUCUUGCCGAAAGAACAACUUCAUCCUCAACUUCUGAUUCGUCUCCCUCUAAUUCGUCUCAAGUUGUAACAGAUGCUUCGAUGCUGCCGAAGGAAACACUCAAUCAUCCUGCUAACAUUCAUAAUGUACUUGAUUAUGUUGCAUCUAUGCUAGAAGUUACAAAAGAGGAACUAGCCGAAUUAAGUUACCAGAAUGCAGUUCGCAUAUUCUCCUAUCAAGGAUCAAAACUACUUCAAAACUAA